AUGCGAAACCGAACUUUCUUUCCUCGCGACAACUCGGAUGCAGACGAGGGUGAGCUGAAUAGUGAUGAAGAUUCCGAAAGUACUAGCAGUGAGGGCGUGACAAGCGAUGGCGAAGUGGAUUCUGAUGAGGAUGACCGAAGUGACAGAACUCGGUCGCCUGUUGAGGAAACUCCUUGGGAAAGAGGGCUUCGCCUCGCCCGUGAGCGCGCUAAAAAGGUCAAGUUGCUGCGUCAAAACGAUGCAGAUUUAGAAGAGAAAAAGCUCAAAUUGACCGUUGUCGCCCCUGAUCCUAAUGAAGAAGACACCCCCGCCGCCGCAACUUCGGAAUUAGGCCGCUCAAAUUUUGCAGAUAGCUUUUGGCUUGAUUACUAUAAACUCGCCGUAGUCGGGUGUACCCAGCUAACUGGUAAGCGGAGCUUACCUUGCGAUUUGACCCCGCCCUCCCAAAGCACAAUGUCACGUUGGCGUCGGCGUCUCCUUGACGCCCGAACAAGGUCUGUUGACGCCUCCUCUGCUACCUCUCCGGCCUCCACUAAUUGUCGCUCCCGAGCCAGUUCUCUUUCCUCAUUGGCAGGCUCAAUCCUUCUUGCUGUGCCUGACCUCAUUAUCGCAGACGACUCAGAUCGCGAACAACAGCGUCGGCGUAGGCGUGGAGGUGGAAGGCGUAGGGGCAGCACUUCCAGCAAUACUAGCAGUAGCGCCGAAUCGCACAGAAGGAGAAGUUCCAGUAGUCGAAGUGGCAUUAGCUCUCGCUCAUCUACAAAGGAUCAGAAAAAGAAGAGCAGAAGUGCUUCCUCCGCAUCGUCUGUAUCCUCCUCUUCCUCUUCUGCAGCAGCAUUUCCGAGAAGUAGGGACAAAGUUCAUGGUAAAGAAGGUUGUAGUAAGAGAAGGAUUUCACCCCGUCGGCGGGGCCUUGCGGAUGGAGACCAACGUACCUCCUGGCGUAAUCGUCGUCCGCAAUUGUCUCACAGUGAUCAACGCCAACCCCCUCAAAGCCAACCACAGAUAAGCGGUUAUCACCACCAGCAACGUGGAUUUACCGAUCGCUCUCGCGAUGACUUCGGUACGAAUGAGAAUGGCGCAGUGUGCCCGAGUCGUCAGAACUACGCUGAUUCAAACCGUUGGCAAGAUUCUACCCACAGGAGCCCUGAUCGACCUCCACCGAUGCCUUCGGAGAAGCCAAUUAAACGUCCCUGGGUUGCUGAUCCCUCCUUAAAAUCCAAAGCCCCGAUCCGCCAGCGCUCUCCCUCUCCCUCCACACGAAUAGGCCGGUCCCGCACUCGUUCCCCCUCCCGUCCCAGUUCGCCAUCAGCUACCGACAAUGUAGGACAGACAACCACCACUUACAUUACCUCCUGGUCUCAGUCCCGCGAUCGAGAUGCUUCAAUGUCUCCUCCUCCUCCUCCUCCAAUGUACCAGCAGCAUCGCGGUUCACUACGACGGCAGUCUUCGAAAUCGGCUUUGCCUGAUGUCGUCCCGGCACAAAUUGCGUCUUCCCCUCCCUCGAGAAAACGCCCUGCUCCAUCUCGUCGAAAGAGUCGUAGUCCAUUUGCAAACAUUGAUUUUGGCAAUCCGCCUGCACCUAUGCGUCCCUCUUUGCGUGACCACCACGGGCCGCCUCCAGAGCUAUCUUUCGAACAGACAGUCCCUUUGCUGGCUGGUGCUGUCAAUCCUGCAGCCCCCAGCUCAACCAAGGCGCUCCCUUCCGCCUCCUCCCGCCCCGGCGUCAAACUCAAAAUUGCUCCCCGUGUUAGGGCUGCCCCAGUGCUCCCCAGCAGCGCCUUAGACAAGGUGCAUCGCGCUAGUGGUGGUGGUGGCGGCAGCGGCGGAGGUGGAGCCAGAGUUGGGGCGUCUCCCGUCUCUUCGGCCACCAGCAGUCGUGGGUCCUCCCAGUCACCCUCUAGACAGCACCCCAGACGGGACAAUAUCUCGUCCACACCGUCCCAAUUCCAGUCCGAACCGAGUGCCGCCAAACGAAUGCGCCAGUUGGGCUACACGGCGGUUAGUCCGGGAGGGUUCGAGUCUCCACCAUCACCCGCAAGCCGACCCUACGGUCGAAGCAGGAGACCUGAUGUUAAUGAAGCGGGCAAAGGACGGCGAAGUGAUCAAGGUCGAGAUGGUUAUCGGAGUCGUAUAAGCGGGGAAUUUCAUGAGCACGUUGAUCGAUUUUCCCGUGGUGGUUAUCCACACCAACCGCCAGACCGCUAUCGGGAGAGGAGACAACAUGGGGAUGAUUUUGAUCGUCACCGACAGUCCUUUGAUCGAAGUCGCCCCGGUCGCUUUGGCCGUGAUUACAACACAGAAUCUCACUACGGACGAUCUCGUGGAGAAGAAAGGAUUAGCAACCGAUCUUACGGUGGUCGUCAUGGUAAUCGCCGUCAAGGCCGUGGUGGCGGCAGUGGAGACGUUCAUGUUGACAUGGUUACAGAGCAACGCCUCAACGAACUGCGGCAGCGACUUACUAUGGUGGAUGAUAAAAUAGCUGAAUUGGGUGGAGCGUCGGCUGUAGGGCAUAGAUGA